UCGGCAGCCGUAGCAGCUCCGGUGCGGCCUUUCCGCGGGCGGCCGGCGGCAUGUUCCGCAUCGAGGGCCUGGGGCCCAAGAUGGACCCAGAGGAACUGAAGCGGAAGAUGCGCCGCGACGUCCUCACCUCUGUCCGCAACUUCCUCAUCUACGUCGCGCUGCUGCGGAUCACUCCUUUCAUCCUGAAGAAGUUGGACAGUAUAUGAACACUCAAGAAGGCUCAUUAUAUGAAAACAUAAAAUGGACUGUAGCUGCUUUCUUCUGUUUGUUAAGUAAACGUUGUGCCAGAGGCAGACAUCCAAUACUAAAUGGUUCUAAAAUGUUUCACUUAAGCGUAUCUGACCUGAGAAUGAUAGCCUAGUUGUGAUUAUGGGGAAGAUGUCUGUUGUUCCUGCGGGUGAAUUCUGGUCACAGAAUACUCCCUAGUAUCAUCAAGCAAUGACUUGUGGUGGAAUAUUUCUUGUACUGUUUAAAAAAAAGUCUAUCUCCAUUUUGUAUGAAGUGUUAAGUGCUAGCAAGUUGCUUUGUUAUGCAGCUACCUCUAAACCGCCACGCGCUAUGGCUGUCAACCUUACUGAACCUGUCUGUAUGAAAAAUGAAAUCUUUAAGGAAUCCAGUUCACAAGCAGUUUGAUUUCAAAUAAA